UGGGAAGGUGCUGGUGUAUGUCUGCAAAUAAAAAAAUGAUAAAGCUAUACAAAGAAAAAUAGGCCGAUUCCUCAUCAGCUCUCGGACAGACGGCCGUUACAUAUCGGAUGAAAUAAAUCAGCCACGGAAGGCUACAAUAGUUGCUCCAUUUGAGCCCCUGAAAGACUGGCCUUUGCAUGAUAUAAAGCACAUGCAUUCAUGUGCAAGAGAGGUCAACCAAAGCAAAACCAUAGAAUUUGUGAGAUGAAGAUGACUUGGGUUGUUUAAAAGCACAUUACUUCAGAUACAUUUUUGGGAGUACCCUUGGCUGCUCCACCACCAUAUACCUGCCGAUAUGUAUGGAAGUUCCCGAUCAGUGAGCAAAAUGGACAGUAAUCAUGGCGGAAGUAGAAAUAACCAGAGUAAUUCGGGCCGCUCACCACGGCUGCCUCGGUCACCCCGCAUGGGCCACCGUCGCACCAACAGCAUGGGGGGCAGCGGCGGAGGCCCAGGGGGCUCUGGAGGCAAGACGCUGUCCAUGGAGAACAUCCAAUCCCUCAACGCUGCCUACGCCACAUCAGGGCCAAUGUACAUGAGUGACAAUGAAGUUGCAAUAGGCACCUCCUCCGAUCUCCCCAAGAGUGGUGUCGCGACGGGACGUUUUGGUGGCAGCAUCCCUUAUGGUGUCCGAGGAACGGUAACGGGCAGCACACCUGACAUGGCUAUGGUGCCGGCAGUGUCCACCGACUCUAUGGGCUUUGGAGGGGAGAUCCACGCAGCAUCAACCGUUCCUCACUCCCUGCGCCAGGCAAGGGACAACACAAUUAUGGAGCUCCAAGCCCAGCUCAAGGAGGUGCUAAGGGAGAACGAGCUCCUUCGGAAGGACAUAGAGGUGAAGGAGAGCAAGCUUAGCUCCUCCAUGAGCUCCAUCAAAAGCUUCUGGAGCCCGGAGCUGAAGAAGGAACGUGCGUUACGCAAAGAUGAGGCGUCCAAAAUAGGAGUGUGGAAGGAGCAGUAUCGUGCAGUGCAAGAUGAGACACAGCACUUGCAGACAACCGUGCAGGCGCUUCAGGCUGAGCUGCGCAUCCAGCGUGAUUUGAACCAGCUGCUACAACCACUCGGGGAGCCGCUGGCCUGUGAGCCAAGCGAGGAGCAGGAACGGCAGGCUCGAGAGCUUUUCUUGCUCCGCCGUACCCUGGAGGAGAUGGAAGUUCGCUUGGAAACCCAACGACAGACACUAAUUGCUCGUGAUGACUCAGUCAAAAAGCUCCUGGAGAUGUUGCACAGCAAGAGCCCUUCGGCUAAAGCCAACGAAGAGGAUCAUGAGCGAACACGUCGCCUUGCAGAUGCUGAGAUGCACGCACACCACCUAGAGAACCUUUUAGAACAGCGUGAUAAAGAGCUGGUGGCUUUGAGAGAGGAGCUGCAUCGCCGCCUCGAGGGGACGCCAGAGACUACGAAAACCAAAGCUCUGCAGACUGUAAUUGAGAUGAAGGACUCCCAAAUCAGUUCUCUAGAGCGGGGCCUCAGAGAGCUGGAAGACCAGAUCAUGAUGCUUCGAUCCAGUAGCAUGCUCAGCUGUGAAGAACGGCAGGAGGAGGCCAAACAAAUGGAGGUUUACCGUAACCACACUAAGUUCAUGAAAAAUAAGAUGGACCAGGUUAAGCAGGACCUGUCCAGGAAGGACAGUCAGCUCCUCGGCUUGCAGACCAAGUUGGAGACCCUGACUAACCAGUUCUCUGACAGCAAACAACAUAUUGAAGUCCUCAAAGAGUCUCUGACUGCCAAAGAACAACGUGCUGCCAUAUUACAGACUGAGGUGGAUGCUCUGCGGUUGCGUCUGGAGGAGAAGGAGACCACGCUGAACAAGAAGAGCAAGCAGAUCCAGGAAAUGUCAGAAGAAAAGAGCACACUAAAUGGAGAAAUCCAUGACCUGAAGGACAUGCUGGAUGUCAAGGAGCGUAAAGUCAAUGUACUUCAGAAAAAAAUUGAAAACCUGCAGGAGCAACUGAGGGACAAAGAGAAGCAAAUGAGCAGUCUUAGGGAGAGGGUGAAGUCCCUGCAGACAGACACAUCUAAUACAGACACAGCCCUCACUACUCUGGAGGACUCACUGGCUGAGAAGGAGCGUAUUAUUGAACGUCUGAAGGAGCAGCGUGACCGCGAGGAGCGAGAAAAAGCUGAGGAGCUGGACAACAGCAAGAAAGAACUGAAAGAGUUAAAGGAGAAAGUCAGUGUGUUACAGGGAGACCUGUCAGACCGUGAGACUUCUCUCCUGGACCUCAAAGAGCAUGCGUCAUCUCUGGCAUCUUCUGGCCUGAAGAAAGACUCCAAACUGAAAAGUUUAGAAAUUGCUCUUGAGCAACGAAGGGAGGAGUGUACCAAGCUCGAAAACCAACUGAUGAAGGCCCAGAGUGCCGCAGCCAAUGUAAAGGCCAACUCUGAACUAUCCGAGCGCAUUUCCUCACUUGAAUCUGAUGUGACCAGACACAGAGAGGACUCUGCCAAGGCUCAGGCUGAAGUUGAUCGCCUAUUGGACAUUCUGCGUCAGAUGGAGAACGAGAAGAAUGACAAGGACAAAAAAAUCAACGAACUGGAGAGUGUGGCUUCCAGGCAAAUAAAAGAGCAGAGUAAGAAGGUUUCUGGCAAACACAAGGAGCAAUCAGGGAAGGGCAGGAAUGUCAACGAUGGCCCGCAGCAGGAGUCCUUGCGGCAGAAGGCAGAGCGUAUUGAAGAGUUGGAGGAGGCUCUUAGAGAAAGUGUUCAAAUAACUGCCGAGAGAGAGAUGGUACUGGCACAGGAGGAGGCAGCAAGAAACCACCAUGAAAAACAGAUGGAAGAACUACUUGGAGCGAUGGAGAAAGUGAAGCUAGAACUUGAGUCCAUGAAGGCCAAGAUGUCGUCCACCCAGCAGUCUCUGGCUGAGAAAGAAGCUCAUCUGACCACACUAAGAGCUGAGAGGAGGAGACAUCUGGAGGAGGUGCUGGAGAUGAAGCAGGAGGCUCUGCUGGCUGCCAUUAGUGAGAAAGAUGCAAACAUAGCUUUGCUGGAGCUGUCCUCAUCUAAAAAGAAGAAGACGCAAGAGGAAGUUGCCCAGUUGCGGAGAGAGAAGGACCGUUUGGUGCAGCAACUCAAACAGCAGACACAGAACCGUAUGAAGCUCAUGGCGGAUAAUUACGAUGAUGGCUACUUGAAAACACCACCAGACCAGACCAACCACAAACCUCCAAAAUCACCUGAUCAGGAUGAUGAGGAGGGCAUUUGGGCAUAGCCUCACUGGCAGCCAUUUUGUUUUAGAUGGAUAAGAUCUGGGCGGAGAGCUACAGUACGAAGGAGCUCUACACUGGCCAUCUGAUUAUCCCAUACAACCAUCCCCUCAAUCCCAUAAUUUACAGAAUCAACUCAGCCCACAUCUCAUCACACCAGUAGCCCAGGG